GACCGGACUGAUCAGGCUACCGGUUUUGAGGAAAAUGGCGUCGUUUUGGCUCGUUGCUUCCAACUUCAAUAACCAUUACCCUAUCUAUCGCUGCCGCCGUUACCAAACCUCCUCCCUCGCAGAGCAGCGAACACCUGCCCCAGCACAGCAGCCGCUCGCCGUUGGCGCUCCCCUCGUAUACCUCAACGAUUCCAGUCUCCAGAUUUCCCAUUCCAUGUAAGUAACGACCGAUCAGCGUCUCCCGCGAUCUUCCAUGACGUCCGUCUCUGCCCCGCCGCUGCUUACCGGCGAGAGGGCCGUGGUGGUGCUGUUCAUCGCCUGCAUCAUGUUCUCUCUCCCUCCGUCUCUUCUCCUCCCCGGUGGGUUUCUGUCGUUUCUUUCCUUCUUCGCGCUGUGCGUCGAGAUCUGCGGCGAGAGCUCCGUUUCGGUUGCUAAGCUUCUACUGGCUGCCGCCCUUCUCCCACCAGAACUGCUAGCUUCAUUUGCUCGAUCAAGAUCGAGACUAGGCAAGGCAAUAGCUAGGUUGGUGAACUGGGCACUUGGCAGUAAGCGUGGAACCGAUGAGCUCCAGGUACCCAAUUCCUCUCCAUUAGUGAGAAAUCAUGACAAUGAUUUAGCUUUCGAUGAUGCUGAGAUGGAGAUCCUCUCUCGGCUGCCCGUGAAAGCACUACUCCGAUUCAAGUCCGUAUGCAGGAACUGGAACGCCAUCAUCCCCAAGAGCCCACAGUUCGUCUCCAUGCACCUGAAAAACUACACCAAUAACCCGGCUACCAAGCAACCUUCCCUCUUAUGCCGCUACUUCAUUUAUCCUCCAGGUACGGAGUACGAGUGGAGGAUGCCCAAACGGAUGGUCUCAUUCGACCCGGAUCUGCAGCUAAUCACUUUGGACGAGACAUUGGUUAACAGAGUGAUUUGCAGUGCAGGGGAAGUUGGUGUGUUGCUUCUCGGCGAUCCAAACAAGCCGCUCCAUGAUUACUGUCUGUGGAACCCGGCCACUGGCCAGGUUAAGCAUCUUCCAGACCCAUAUUUGGAUCAACCGGGUGUUAAAACCCAUUUCGAUGGGUUCCUUGAUGAGUACGGAGUUGGGAUGGAUUUAGUCUCCCAAGACAUCAAAGUUGUUCUCGUCCGUCACAAUUCGUACUAUUCGUUUGAUGCGGAUGAUUUUGGAGCGCAUCACGAAACCCAGGUUUUGGUUUAUACAUUAGGGAGCAACUCGUGGGGAGAGUUAGAAGCAGGGUAUCCUUUCCUUGCGGAAGAUGGACUCCCAGAUAUAUUGUUCAACCAGCAUACUUACUGUAAGUGCUUCUUCUAUUGGCUCUGUGAGUACCGAACCACUGCUCAUGUGAUGGCAUUUGACAUGGCGACCGAAGUUUUCAGCAAGAUCAACUGUGAUUUCAUUCUUCCUAUUCAUGGGUUGUCGACGGCUAGCAGGCUUCUUGUGUAUCGCGAUUCGAUCGCUCUGUUUAAACGGCGGGAGGUUUUCAGUAAGAGACGAAGAUGCCUGAAGAUAUCAGUUGACGUAUGGUUGCUCAAUAGUAGCGAUGAUGGUGGGAUGGAAUGGUGCAGGGUUGCCACUCUUGGACCUUUCCCUCAUGGACUAUACGUGGAUAUGUGCUUGGACGAUGAUCGAAUUGUUGCACAGUGCGGUGAGAAGAAUCAACUGGUGUUAGUUGAUUCUCGUGGUGCUCGAGUGGUUCAAGUUCUCAUACCGAAUUGCCUUUUGGUCGAGCGCUGGUUUAAUUACAAAGAAACUUUGAUUCCCAUUGAUUGAUUAACUGGUGGUUAUAUGUGUGACUUCAUGCUGGAUUUGAAGAUUGAGACUUGAGAGUUUUGAUUAAAAAAUUAGUUUUGGU